GAGCAGCUCCACAACUGAGCGGGGGUGGACCUACCGAUCUCCGUACGCGGAACUAGUGGAGCGCCGCUGGAAGGGAACGGCCGCGGCGGGGCGGAUCCGAGUGCUUCUAAUCGUGCGGCAUGUUUGGAAUGAUCAGAAACUCCCUUUUUGGGACGGCGGAGGUUUGGCCCUGCCGAGUCCUGAGCAAGGGGCAGAAGGAUGAGGUGGCCUAUGAGGAAAGGACAUACGAAGCCGGAAAAUUUGCUACUGUCGAGCUCACUGGGAAGCCAUUUGAUGAGGGCUUACGUGAAGCAGUCCUAAAGCUCCUCAAAUACGUGGGAGGAAGCAAUGAUCAGGGAGCUGGGAUGGGGAUGAUGGCUCCAGUGUGUUCCACUGUAUUUCCAGAGGAAGGUGGCUCCUUGCAGCACAAGGUGAAGGUCUUACUUCGCAUUCCGAGCCAGUUCCAGGCCAGUCCUCCCUCACCAAGUGAUGAGAGCAUCCAGAUUGAACAGAGAGAAGAAAUGACUGUUUAUUCCAUGCAAUUUGGAGGUUAUGCCAAGGAAGCUGAUUAUGUGAAUUAUGCAGCCAAGCUGAGUUCUGCCUUGGGGAGCGAGGCAGCCUAUCAGAAAGACGUCUAUUUUUGCAGUGGUUAUGAUCCCCCCAUGAAACCCUAUGGGCGGCGCAAUGAGGUUUGGCUGUUGAAAACUCAAGAGAGCAGCACCAAUUCUUGAGCAGGGUGGGGGAUGGAGGAAGAUAGGUACUGUAGAAACUGAUAAAUCUGUCUAGGCUGACACCAUGAAUUUUGAGCAUAUUUCUCUUUGUCAGGAGGAGUUUUUCUUCAUUUCUUUCAUGUACAUUCCUUACGAGGAUGGCUCUAUCGUGAAGCCAUGUGAGGCAACUGCCUCAGGUGGCAAGUGCACCGUGAGGUGGUAAGAGCAGGCAGCCUGCCCAUCCUGACCCCAGGCGUCACCCCACCUCAUCUACACAGCUGCCACCAGUCUUUUGGAUCACACACACACACACACACACACACACACACACACACACACACACACCAGCCCUGCUCCCUCCUGUCUCACUAGCCCACACAUCACCCCUCUCCGCCUUUCCAGUAUCACCUUUUGGGGCAUGCUGCCACUGCUUACUGUUUGCAUACUGCAUGAGACAGUGUGGUGCAUGCAUCUAGCUGUGGCACCUUCACAUGCUGGCUUCUCCUGUUCUUCACUGCAUCAGUAAGCCGCCGCCAGCACCACCACCCUCUCUCUCUUUCUCUCUCUUUGCCCUGCUGUCUUUUUUUCUCCAGCACCAAACCUGUCAGCUUUGUCUCUGGACAAGUUUGGCGCUUGAAGAGGACACAGUGGGAGAGAUAGAACUGGUGCUGGCUCAGCAAAGAAGAGUAGCCAGUGUGAGCUCUCUCCCUCCCUCCCUCCCUCUCUUCUCCUGGCAUAAAACCUGACCAGAGAAGCUGGGAGGGAGAAAGGAGGCAUGGUGUGGGCCAUUGAGGUGUGACACAGGUAGUGUGAGUGCUUGCUCCAGCCCAGGAUGAGGUGCGGGGGAAGCCAGGGUGGCGCAUUGCCUUUUGCUGCUUGAGGUGUCUGAAGAAAAGAUACAGACAGCCUUGUUCAAUAAAUGGAGUGGCAGAAGUAAAAUACUUAGGGCUCAUUCACACAACCACCAAUAGGGUAGGAGGAGUGCCCAGCCAGGACCGGAGAGCAGGUGUGCGCACUCCCGGUUGUCUAUCACGAGUACCCAAACAUCAAGCUAGGAGGCAGGGCGCUUGACCGUGUGUGGGGCAGAAGCUGGGUCAGAUGAGUGCACCCUACCCACCCUACUCUAGCAUUUUACCAAAGGUGGACAAAAAACUAUCUGACACAGCUCCUGCCUCCCACACAAUCAUACUCCCUCCCUCCUACCUUGAUGUUUGAGCGCACGCAGCCACUGAAUGGGAGCACACACAGCUCUCCUAUCCUGGCCGGGCACUCCUUCUACUCUCAUGGCCAUUGUGUGAACGAGCUGCUGAUAAGGAGCAGUAUGUUUGAAAUGCAUUGGGUAAACUUAAAAAAAAAAAAACAUCAGUUUGCUAUGGCACCUGAGAAAGCGAAUAGCCAGAUUACCAAAGGCUGGACCAAUUUUUUCUUUCCCUCCCAGUUGGAGGGCAACGUGUCUGCUCAAGCUAACCAACACUGCCCACAUUCCACCAGUCACCCUUAUUGCAGUGUUUAAGCAACAGCUGCUGCAUCAAUAACCUGGAAAAAGCCAUAAUCCUUGUGUAAUAUAUUCUGAUCAUCCCUCUACUUGUGGCCUUACAAUGUCAGAGCUCUCCCAAGGCUGCCCAGAGGAAUAACACGCCAGCUGUACUUACAAGCCAGCAAAAUUGGCAUCUGUUAACAGAUGGGCAUUCCUGGAGGCACUGCCAACCUGUUGCAAGCACCUGAAAUGGGAGAGAAUUUCUGUGCGUAGUCCAAGUCCUUCCCGCCGGCCGAUCUCAGAUGCGGUGCUAAAAUAGCUGCUGAUAGACCGACAGUGCAGUCCACAAGCUGCCUAACCUGCCGGUCUUACACUGGAGCCAGCUUUUACAGCCCAGUCCUUUAAGCUGAAACUUGGUUCGGAGUUGGUGGCAUGGAAAUGAGCAGAAGCUGCCACAUUGGCAACAGGCCCCUUUCCCAUCACCCGCCGCAGUAGUGGGGAGCUGGCCAAGCAGUUUUGCUGCACUAAACUAGGGAAGACUCACUUGGCAUUUGGGGCAUGGUAGCGCUCUCUACAGGGGAGGAGAGCCAGACUUCUGGUAGCAAGCCUAGAAUGUCCCCUUUGCUAAGCAGCUGUUGUGCACCCUGGUUUGUAUUUGGAUGAGCGACUAUAUGCGAGGGCUGGAAGAUAGUCCCCCGUAGGGGUUGGGACUGUAGCUCAGUGGAAGAGCAUCUGCUCAAGCCUACAGCCAAAAUUAAUUUAAUUAAAUUAGUUUAAUUAAAAUUAAACAUUUUAAUUUUUUUGUGGGUGGAGGAGGUGCCAAAACAAGUAAGGGGGCAGCCUACCCUGCCCUUUUAAGACAACAUUCAAGCAAAAUUCAGUUAUUUUAAAAUUAUUUGUAAAACAUUGGGUAGGGGAAAGAAAGAAAAAAUUAAGAGAGUGGGCCCUAGUAGCCUCUCCCCAUCAGCUAUGGGUCAGCAUCUGCUUGCAUGCAGAAGGUCCCAGGUUCCCUCUCUGACAUCUCCAGGGCGCUUUCCAGACUAGCUGCUCAUCCGCAUCAAAAUGCCUCCAUUCAGGUAAGUCGCAUUCGAAACGUAAACAGCAGGGGAAGCAGUCUCGCGGAAACUAACAACCUGAAAAAACAGCAACUUUCUUACGCCUGACAUACGACGUCCUAGCUCUAUAUCGCAGUGAUUAAAUUCGAAACAAGGCAUGGGAGAUGUGAACUCUCAGCAGGGACUAUGCAGUCCCUGCUGUCCGCAUAGGUACUGCAGUGUCACAACGCCGGAAGUGUGGAAGCACACUUCCGAGAUACGUCCUGACCCCGUUGUAGGGUCUAGUUGUAGGGUCUAGUCUGGAAAGCACCCAAGUAGGGCUGGGAGAGUCUUCUGCCUGAAACCUUGGAAGAGCCACUGCCAGUCAGUGUAGACAAUACUGAGCUAGAUGGACCAAGGGCCUGACUCAGUAGGCAGCUUCAUAUGUUCAUCAGGCACAUCCGUAGCUCCAUAGCAGAGCAUCUGAUUUCCACACAGAAAGUCGAUCCCUGGCAGCAUCUUCAGGUAAGGCUGGGAAGAACUCCUGUCUGAAACUUUGGAAAGCUGCUGCCAGUCAGGGUAGGCAAUACUGAGCUCAAUAGACGAAUGGUCUGACUUGGCAUAAGGCAGCUUCCUAUGUUCCUGGGUGUUUACAGACAUUGUCCUUUGCUCAGAGGAUCAAGGGUUUAGUGCAUUACCAGUGUGAGUCUCAAGAAGUCAUUUCUUCAUAUCUGUGUAAUGGAAGGGAGUGGGCUAACCUUGCUCUGGGGAAAUGACAUUUUCAGAUUGUAUCUUGUGCAGUUUGAGUGCUGAAGGGAAGGAAUGCACAAGCUCCAGAAAAAGGAGGACGGUGAGGCAAGCAGUCGAAAAUUGCAGGAUGUUCAAAAAAGUGCAAAAAGGCACAGUAAGGACCCGGGGUGCACCUGGCAUGAUAGUGAUAUGGUAUGGCACCUGGCGCUGUGCAGUAGGCACCCAUGACCCUAGCAUAACCUCCAUUUCCACAGCACAGCCCAUACAAUAGCUGCUUUUGCAGCGGUAAGAGCCUCUGUUUCCCAGCAAUUGCGGCUAAUGGGUUCAGAGCGGAGAACUGCUGGGUCACAUCAGGGCAGAUUACUGAUGUCACAGUCAGCCCAGGGAAAAUGUCUUGAACAGCUCAACAGUACGAGCCUGCUGUAAGUGACAGAGAGGACUUGCCCAGCUUCCCAGGCAUAUGAGUCCAGAAGAACAAUGUUCUGUGCAUGAUGAAAAAUAUGGCCCUUGACCAUUGUGGCUGGGGAUGAUAGGAGUUGUAGUCCAUCAUCAUCUGGGACUUGAGGCUGGGACCCCCUAAUAAAUUUAGCCCCCCCCCCGGUGUUGUUGUUGUUGUUGUUUUACUAUAACUCACAUAAUCCCCAGCCACAGUAGCCAAUAGCCAGGGAUUAUGGGAGUUGUAGGCCAACAUCUGCAGGAUGGCUGAAGUUGAGCAGGCCCACCCUAAUCUAAAGGAUCCAAGCUAUUAGUCUGAUGACUCAUGGAAGCCACACACUAAGGUCGUACACCUAAGGUCAGACCUUCAGCUGCCACUACCAAGGGCUGCAGGGAAGGCAGGAGCCCAGCAGAUGUGCAGCCCUCUGCCCUGCCACAACACAAGCCCACACAAGCAGUGAUGUGGCAACGGCUAGAGCUGGGAGUGAAAAGACUUCCCCCUCCUGCAUCCCAGGAUGUUCUAUUCCAAGAGCACAGCGGCUGCUCUGCUUAGAACAGCUGCUGCGCUGAGUGCGGUCGUUCCUCCCCCCACCAACUUUCUGCCAGAAAUGGCAGUGGGUCAGGGGGGACAUCUCUUAACUCAAUGGCAAUCAUCCAGACCAGGUUUUUUUUUAACCUCGGGCCCCUAGAUGUUGGACUACAACUCCUAUCAUCCCCAGACAUGGCCUUUGUGGCUGAGGAUGAUGGGAGUUGUAGUCCAACAUCUGGGGGCCCAAGGUUAAGAAACCCUGGCCCAGACUAACCCUGCUAAACACCUGGUUAAAAACAACUGUUAAACCUCGUUAAAAAGUGGGGCUGUUACGGUCUGGAGCAGCAGGGAGCCCUCUGCUCCCAGAGCUCCAGGCGACACAAGCUACCUGGGGUAACCCGGGCAACCAUGUUGUGUGAACAGCCUCUUUGUCUUCUGCUUCUUUUUCUCUCAUUUGUUCCUCCUCGUGGAGGAAUGCCUCUUUCCCAUUAUAUUUUAUGGUUUGUUUUUCUUCAGUUUGUUCUGUGUCCCUUCCAGGAUCUGCAGGGGUUAAAAGGGAGCAACCUCUAACAGCCAAAGUAAAAGGCAAAAGUCCUGAGGUAAAAGAUGUCAGCUGCAGAGUUUUGGAGGGAAAGUUACAAUGUGUUGUGAUUGGUUGUCUCCAGGCAGAGACAGAAGGUUCUGAGUGAAGAAACUCCCUGAUUGGUAAAUGUAUCCCUUUGAAAUGGGAUAAAAGGGAGGCUUGAGCAACCAAGAGGAGGAGGGUUGUGGGAGAAGAGCUCUGUAUGAGUGUGAGUGAGUGCAUGUGCCAGAAGGCUGGAACACCAGCAGGGUUGGGUCAGGCUGAAACCACUAGGGAAGGUAGCGGAGAGGGAGCUGGUCCUACCAUAACUUGCUAGGCCUUGGGAGAGAAGGAUAGCAAGGUUGUUUGUUUUGUAUUUUGAACUCUGUACUCUUACCAACUGAACUUUACAUCAUUUGUUCCUGUAUUGUGUGUUUUUGCAUUUUUGUAACCUACUAUUCUAGUAAAACCUGUUAUUUUUUAAAACCA